AUGUAUUCCUUGUUGCAUUUGAGUUGCGUGGGCCCUCUCGCUCUCCUGAGCCUGGUCACCAUCGCCUCAGCCAGUGGCUUGGACGACUUCUCCAACGACCUUGCGACCGACGUCGGCCCGCUCCUGGCACUCUUCGGUGAGAAGAUCACCAUACAAUAUUUCAGUGAAAGCACAUCCUUCCUCGACUACUUCAUCUUCGCCAUGGCGCCCAUAGGCAUUGUUACUGCCAUGACUUCCGCCAUCCGAGUCUGCGGCGACCCGUCUUUACGGGCAUUCAUUGGUAGAGCUCAGGAGGGCGACGGCACCACUGAGGCUGAGCUGUGUACGUCGACUAGCCGGGAUGUCUGCGAGCUCUUUCACGGAGGUGGUAUUACACGCGUAUUCGGAAAGCCAAAGAUCUCGGAGAUUGUGCACAUUUACGGGGCGGGAAGACGGGAAACGGCACCAGAGAACACCCCCUUGGGAACAGGCACUCCAGAGUCACCAGAGCCGCCUCAGCCAUCCGAUAUAUCGCACCCAGGUAAGACUUCGGAGUCCCCGUCAGAGAUCCUGGCCCAGAACCCCAACAUCUCGAUCAACAUCGGAAUCAUGAAGCUCCCUCGGUGGCUCUUUCGUAUCGUCGCCCUUCUGGGUCUUGUUCUCCAAAGUGGCGUAAUUGCCAUGGCCGCUGUGAUGUCGUGGAAGUUUCAGUGGACGAAGGAUGGAGCCCCUGAAAGCCUCGUGGACGUCCCAGCUGCAGUUUCUAAAAAUCGGUCACCAACGUCAUUUAUCAUAGGUACCGUGUGCCUGUGCUGUGGUAUGUUCGGGUGUGCUGCUUUGAUCGGCGAGAGUACCAAAGAGCGGCGGUAUCAGAGAAGAAAGAGAGAGACAGAAUCAAAAUCGUCGCAACUCUUCUGGGUCCAGCCGGGAAAUCAAGUUAUCGGAGACGAGACCUUUGAUGCCUUCGCCUACGUCGAAGACGCAGACAAGAAGCCUCUGUUGGAGUAUACGACAUCGAGCAAACGGAAUGUGGAUCACUUCCACCCAUUCACUUGGGCUGCGGUUAUCCUAGCGCUCGGCGGAUAUAUCGCACAGUUCAUUGGACUGAGAGGCAUGAAUGCCUCGGUUUCGAUCGCUCAGCUUGGGGUCACUCUGUUUAUGAGCCUUCUGCGAUCGUGUCUCCGCAUUCGGCGUCUCAAGCGAACGGAUAAUCGGUUAGGUAGAAUGCCCGACAUUGUUCUUCAGCAUGAACUUGACUGGCUCGUCUUCGAAGUC